CCCCUCGGAGCAGCGUAGCGAGGCAGCGAGCUUAUUCGGGAAGAUAAAGAUGAGUCUACGGAAGCAAACCCCUAGUGACUUUCUAAAGCAAAUCAUUGGACGGCCAGUUGUUGUAAAAUUAAAUUCUGGAGUUGAUUAUCGAGGUGUCCUGGCUUGCCUGGAUGGGUAUAUGAAUAUAGCUCUGGAACAGACAGAAGAAUAUGUAAAUGGACAAUUAAAGAACAAGUAUGGGGACGCAUUUAUCCGAGGAAAUAAUGUUCUGUACAUAAGCACACAGAAGAGGAGGAUGUGAAGAUGCCAGAGGGAGGCUAUUUUGUACUUCUGAACCUCUCUGAAUUGAUGAGCCUGAUUUGAUUUGUAGUUAAUAAUUCAUAGGUGAAAUACACAGGUGUUUAAAUAUAUUUUUUAAUAAAUGUAAACCAGUGUAAACUUCUGGAAUGUUUUUGUUUCAGUUUCAAAGCAUUGCUUUGUUCCACUGUACAGAAAGAAUAAAAAUAAAGUAUGUAGUAGUGCUGCAAGACAAAUUCAAAGCAACAGCUCAUUUGAUUGGAAGGUAAGCAAGCACAGCAUAAUUACAAAUAGGAGUCUUGUACUGAUGGCAAAACAAUAGUUUAACUGAGGUUAGGAACGGAUAAACUAAUAUUUUGGUUAAAAUGAUGUGUACCUUUUGGAAAACAGAGGGUCACUUUUAAAUACCAAUCUGUGGUAAGAGUCAUUGGGUAAAAAGUUCAGGCCAACUGUUAAAUUAGCCAAAAAAAUCUUGAACUGUGGAUUUGAAUCAGGGGAUGUAACAGUGACACUUCAACAAUAGGGGUGGGGAAAGAAUUGAAUCAAAUGGAAGAAAAGCCCUAAGGGUUAGUGCUGUGCCAGCUGCUGGAGUCAGUCACCAGUGAAAAGCUCUCAGUUGGUAUGCCAACACAGCUAGCAGCUGCUUCCAUGUCCUACCUCUGCUUUCUACUCCCUCUGCAUCCCCCGCCCUUGCAGUUACUUUUUUUUUUUUUUGCAUGUCUCUGCAAAACACAAAGAACUUAUUCAAUAAAAAGCAUUUUUAACUAAUUUUUUAACUAAAGCUAUUCCUGAAAACAGAUUGGGAGUCUUAACCAAAAAAUAAAAAAAAAUUAUGUAAACACA